AUGGAGUUUCUUAAAAAGCUUCGUCAGCUGGACGCUUAUCCGAAGGUCAAUGAGGACUUCUACAGUCGCACCAUGUCCGGCGGCAUCCUCACGCUCCUCUCCUCCGUCGUCAUGGCCGUGCUCUUCAUUACCGAACUCCGUCUGUUCCUUCAGCCGAAGAUCGUCAACGAGCUCUCUGUGGACCUGUCGCGCGGAGAAACCCUCAAAAUCAAUCUGGACGUGACGUUUCCCCGCCUGUCAUGCGCGGUGCUGUCGCUAGACGCCAUGGACAUCAGCGGCGAGCAGCACCUCGACGUGGUGCACAACAUCUACAAGCGGCGACUGACGCCCAUAGGGCUGCCGGUGGAGGGGAUAGAUUCGAAGCACGAGAUAGGGGCGAAGCAGCACGACGUGCUCAAGAAGCGCGACAAGUUUGGCAACGUGGUGCCCGAUGACCAGGACUUCUGUGGCAGCUGCUACGGCGCUGCUGAGACGGAUGACCAGUGCUGCAACAACUGUGAGGAGGUGCGCGAGGCAUACAACAAGCGCGGGUGGGCCUUCAGCAACGCGGACGCCAUCGAACAGUGCAAGAGGGAGGACCUGAUAGAUAAGAUCCAGGCACAAGUGGGCGAGGGGUGCAACAUGUACGGCGUGCUCGAGGUGAACAAGGUGGCGGGCAAUUUCCACUUCGCCCCGGCCAAGGUGUUCUACACAGCAGGCAUCUCCAUCUUUGACCUUGUCAUGUUCCACGACACUGUCUUCAAUAUAUCUCACACUGUCAACUCCCUCUCGUUUGGCGCCAAGUUCCCAGGAGCCGUCAACCCGCUGGACAAGGCGCAGUGGGUGCAGGAGGGCGAGUCAGGCAUGUAUCAGUACUUCAUCAAGGUCGUACCCACCAUGUACACUGACUCCCACAACCACACCAUCGCCUCCAACCAGUUUUCAGUGACGGAGCAUUUCCGGCCAGCACCGUCGCAUGACCAGCAAUCGCUGCCAGGAGUCUUCUUCUUCUACGACCUCUCUCCCAUCAAGGCGAGUGCCCCUUUUUUCUUUUAA